CGCAAUACCAAGUAUUGCGUAUCCGCCGGAUCGUAUCAGUCUACGAUAAGAACUCUUGGAGUGAGGCAGUUACUGCACGCUGUCGUUGUGAGAUUUGUAUGCCCUGAAACCUUGGAUUGAAUUAGUUGGUGUUGACUGACCAGAGUCCACUAACUGCACCUGAUAAUCUCGUGAUUCAAUUUCCUCUCCAGCCGCAGCCUUAGCUACUUCUAGCUACAAGAUGACUGAGGUGUUUCAGUUUGGUGUUGAGCCAAUAACAUGCCAUGCUUGGAACAAGGAGCGCACAAAACUUGCCCUGAGCCUCAAUGAUAACGAAGUGAACAUCUACUCAAGGCAACCAGGCACCGGAGACUGGGUGCUGGAGCACACUUUGAGCGGCCAUGACCUCCGCGUGACUGGAGUUGAUUGGGCACCAAACACCAACAGGAUUGUCACCUGCUCAGCUGAUCGCAAUGCGUAUGUGUGGUGUCAAGAUGAGAGUGGCAAGUGGAGCCCCACUCUGGUGCUGCUGAGGAUCAACCGAGCUGCUACCUGCGUGCGCUGGUCGCCACAAGAGAACAAGUUUGCUGUUGGCUCAGGAGCUCGCCUGAUAUCGGUUUGUUAUUUUGAGCAAGAGAACAACUGGUGGGUGAGUAAGCACAUCAAGAAACCCAUCCGCUCCACCAUCACCACGCUCGACUGGCACCCAAACAACAUCCUUCUUGCUGCUGGCUCUUCUGAUUUUAAAGUGCGAAUUUUCUCUGCCUGGAUCAAGGAUAUUGAACCGAAGCCCUCGGCCACGUCUUGGGGAGCCAAGAUGCCGCUUGGUCAGCUCAUGACCGAGUUCUCCAACUCGACUGGCGGAGGUGGUUGGGUGCACGGCGUGAGCUUCAGCUGUGAUGGCAACCGCGUGUGCUGGGUGGGGCACGACUCAAGCGUGAGCGUGGCUGACGCGAGUCGCGAGAUGGCCAAGACUCAGCUCAAGACGCCGCAUCUGCCUUUCACUGCAGUCACUUGGAUCAGCAAGAACACUUUGCUUGCUGCUGGUCAUGGCUGUUGCCCUAUGGUGUACGCUGUGGAGGACUCAGGCAAGCUCACGUUUGUCUCGAAGCUUGACGUUGCUCAGAAGAAAGAAGCUUCCAGCCUCAGCGCCAUGCGCAAGUUCAAGUCGCUAGACCGCACAGCUCGCACGGACAGCAGCGACACGACACUCGCCACGCUGCAUCAGAACACCAUCACCGGCAUCCAGAUACUCAAGGGAGAUAAAGCUGGCGCCACUUCUGUCUCCACUUGCGGCUCCGACUCCUACCUCAUCCUCUGGAACUUCAAGGAUCUCCCCGACACGAUAGCGGACGAACUGCUGUGUCAUCCUAUAACGGCUUGGAUGGCUGAACCCCGUACUCAGAGUCUGGAGGAGAGCAUCGCUGAGCUGAAACUCGCCUAAACUUAUCAGCAACUUUCGAUGCACUAACACUUUGGAACAACGUAACAUUUGCCAUGAAAACUUAUUCUUUGUAAUAUUGAGUGAAAUAAAAUUGAUUCCCAAAAUGUAAUCAUUCGGCAAACA